GUUGUUACAGGACUUGAAAGAUUCGGCUGUGGUUAACAAGACAACAACUGAAACAUGGUGGAUUACUAUGAAGUUCUGGGAGUGCAAAAGCAUGCCUCAGCAGAAGAUAUUAAAAAAGCGUACCGUAAAUUGGCAUUAAAAUGGCAUCCUGAUAAAAAUCCAGACAAUAAAGAAGAGGCAGAACGGCAAUUUAAACAAGUAGCUGAGGCCUAUGAAGUUUUGUCAGAUGCUAAAAAACGUGACAUCUAUGACAGAUAUGGAAAAGAAGGCUUAAUAAAUGGAGGCGGAGGUGGAAAUCAUCAUGAUAAUCCAUUUGAAUUUGGAUUUACAUUCCGUAACCCCGAAGAUGUUUUUAGGGAGUUUUUUGGUGGAAGGGACCCCUUUUCAUUCGACUUCUUUGAAGACCCUUUUGAGGACUUCUUCGGGGGCAGGCGAGGUCCAAGGGGAAGCAGAAGCAGAGGUGGUGGAUCAUUUUUCUCUGCCUUUGGUGGAUUCCCUGCUUUUGGAAGUGGUUUUUCUUCAUUUGACACAGGUUUUACUUCGUUUGGUUCAUUGGGACAUGGAGGCCUUACUUCGUUCUCCUCUACGUCAUUUGGUGGCAGUGGGAUGGGUAACUUCAAAUCAGUAUCAACCUCAACUAAAAUAGUUAAUGGCAGAAAAAUUACUACAAAGAGAAUUGUUGAGAAUGGACAAGAGAGAGUAGAAGUUGAAGAAGAUGGCCAGUUAAGGUCGCUAACAAUAAAUGGUGAGGCAGAUGAAGAAGCCUUUGCCGAGGAGUGCAGACGGAGAGGACAACAAGCCCUGCCCUUCCAGCCAACCAACCCGCGCCUGCUGAAGUCUCACAAGCCUGCCAGUUCCCCCAAAUAUGCCUACCAUUAUAAUAGCGAUGAGGUGGAAGAACAAGAUAGAAGCCGGGUUACGAGCAGCUUGGAGACCCCUUUUUAUUUAUCAGGUGUGCACAAGCAUGUUGAUGAGAAAUGCGCAGAAAAGGAUUCAUCAGCUAGCGAAAAGCCAAAACCAAAAAGCCAAGCAAGACGUUGUUGCUGUGUGUUGACUUAAUGUCAGGUCCCCGGUAGAGAGUAAACAGCAGCUUGUGCGCCUCCGUCCUACAUUAGCUCUGCUCUUCAGUUUAGUCUAGAUUCACAACUGCCCUGGAUUCACAGAUCCAGGGCAAAUAUUGUUAUGCGGCUGAAGUGCCUAUGCUCUUUUUUCUUGAAAGUGAAGGCCUUUUUAGAGAUGAACUAAUCACAAUACUUUGCACGUUCAUUUACUUAAUUUGUGCUUGGUUUCCAUGCCGAAGGAGAAGUUCAGCAACUUGAUAUUAUUUCUGGAAGCUGCAAUUUUAGGCACCUAAAUACUAAUAGAGAAGGCUGAGACAGUUCAGGUGAAUGCAGAAGCGCAGCGAUUGUCCUGGUUGGAAGUCCUGGUUUUGGAAGUAAUGAGUCCUUUGAUAUACUUCCCGUCUGUAGUGUUUCAGCAAUAUAGUCCAGAGGCUAUCUUGGACAACAGAGUCCUCAUAACUACUUGAUUUAAUUUGAAUGUGUGGUCAAAGAUCAUCCAGGACUGCCAGGACAGGUUUUUCUGAAACAUGAAGGUGCCUUUCUGCUUGGAUGCCCAAAACCAGGGGCCCUUCUCAGUAGUGCUGAAUGAGGUGAAGUGCUGGGAAGCGUGAGCGUAUGAGGCUCAUGCACGGGGUAAACACAGUGCAUGAAGAACACGCGCUGUACCCCAAAAUGUGUGCUCACGUACUUCCAGUGCUGCACCAACUUCUGCUGCAUUUAUGAGCCUUUAAAUCUAACGCUGUCUUCUGCAUGAAAGACCUAAAGAUAUCGUGUGGGAUGGCAGCUUGAAAAAAUAGAAGCAUUCAGUGAAAAUGUCUUCCUGAUCAGUUGCUGGAAGUUUUGUCUAUUUAGGGACGGCUAAGUUGAAUCUUUUCUUUAAAAAAAAAAAAAAAAAUUAAAUUCUCUACAGAAGCCUCAAUGUAACCUCUGGGCCUAUGUCCUGAAAUCUCCCAUGCCAGGGUUUUGUCCUCUGUGUGUGUAGCUGGCAAAACAAAACCUUGGCUCUGCAUUUGGAGACUGGAGGUUCUCUGCAAUCAUGACGAUACUUUGUAAGAGUUUCCAAAGAACAUCCGAGUUUGACAUGCACCUUGCAAUUUUUGGAGCAAUUUUUAAGAUUGCUUAGGACUUUUUGCUGUGAAUCUAUUUAUGCUCCAAGACGCACAAGUUUGCAAUCAAAAUGGAUUUCCAGAAGGAUUUGUGCAAUUGCAAAAUCCUCUCUUCUACCAGUAGAUUCUGAGUUGCUAUAAAAGAUUCAGGUUGAAAACUUGAUUGCAGUAAGACUAAGCUUUUACUGUUGUUUUAAAUAUUUUGCCUACUGUUCCUCUGAUGGACAGGGCGGCUGAAGGACUGGCUGAGUCAGUCACAAAAACCUAUGUGAGUGUCUUAAUCCCUCCCUGGGAAGUUUGUGCACAAGCCCUGGCCAGUAACGCCGUUCUCCCCCAUGGGUGUCCACCUCUGCCGACUGCCUUGCCCAGCACGCAGGCUUCACCAGCGCAGCUCUCUCGCUACAGAGACCACUCACUUGCUGCCGCUUGGCUUCUCAUGGAUGGCUGCGACAGCUGCCGGGCUUGCACGGGCCAGCGUUGGGAAAGAAUAGCACCUUUUUCUGCUUUGGCCCAAAGCCCACUCUCUUCAGUGGAAAAUAAAAUUCAAUGGCCUCAAACGGGGUGCUGUUCCACCUUGAAUCAGAUGGCUUUACCACCGCUGGCGUGUGGCCCUUGGCAGCAAGACUGCGCAGCAGUUUUAGACGUUGUCCCAGUUAGAGCACCUCCAGCAAAUACUCAGUCAUUAAUGGUUCUCCUGCAGUGAAAUGGCUUUCUUUUCCCAGCUUUAAGAGUGGGAAUGUUUGAGUUUUAACUUGUAAGUCUGUGGCAGAUUUAAAUGAAGGAAAAGGGGAUAGGUUUCAUCUUGACUACGUGGUGGGAAUCCCUCUGGAAGUGGCUGCCUCUCUCUAGCGCCCAAGGAGAAAGGCUGGCCAACUUGUUUAUACUGGCAACCAAUAUCCAGAGGUGAGAUGAAUCCUCUCCUUAGUCAGGAUUUCCAGUUAUUACAGUGGGUUUUUAAUUUAAAAAAAAAAAAAAAAAAGAAAAAAAAAGAAAAAGUUGAUUCUCUAACAUUGACACUUUGCAUUUUAGUUGAAAUUCGUACUGUUCCUGUUUCACAACAGCCUUUAGAAUAAAACUUGUAUUCUGGAGUUGCAGUGUAUCUCAAACAGUGCUCUAGCUCCACCCAAGUAAUUUUUUAAUAAGAAUUCAGAUACUACAAGUAACGCAGUGCCUGGUUGUAUGAUUCAUGGCUGAUUGGUGAUACCCAAGCUGUGCCAAAGUGCUGUUAAUGCCAGCAGAGACCUGGAGGUUACAGCCACUAAUGGUAGGGGUAGUGGUAGCUACCCCUAAAAACCUGCUUCUCUGGAUUUGACAGUUCUGCUCUUUAUCUAGCAAGAAUGGUUGAAAUGUUUAAUUGUUAAAAUACUGAAAAAUACACGAUGUGAAAGAUCAUUAUUUGCAAGAUAGUAUUGCAAUAUUUGCUCUUCCUUUUGAAUGAAAUAGCUUGCAUUAACCCAAAACUUACAACAUUAAUAAUUCAUUUUUGCUCCAUUUUCACCCGCUGGCAUCCCUGAAAAGGAAACCACUUUAAAAGAACUGGCUUAACUAAUCUUGAUUCUUUUCUGGCAUGGAUUCCUCUGCUGGAAAGUUGAGCUAUUUGUAUUUUAUUACAUUUUCAGUGCGGUCUCAGUUCUUUUUAGUGACAUACGGGUUCCUGAGUUACACGUUACUAACAAUUGAUGUGCUUGGUUGUCCAAACUAAUUACCUUAUAAUUCUCUCACAUACUUGUAUUUGGGCAUGUAAUGGAAAGAGAAAGGCAAGCAAAGCCACUGUUUUCUGUGGAAAUCUAAUACGUGAGGAAUGCUGGAGGUGUGGAGGUGGGAGGGAGCUCGCUCUCCCUUUGCUCCGCAUCCCCUGGCUGUAACUGUGCCCGAGUGGGACGGGGCAACAGCUGUGCUCCUCUUGUGGGCCGAGGGUGGGAAGAUUGGCUGGUGGAUUUGGAGGCUGGCCUGUUGCUCCCUGGCUUGGCCAGACCUGCCUUCACGCAUGGUGUUUUUUGGCUGCUAGUAUGAGAGCAUCCCAUUACCUAUUUGCCUCCCAAAGAAGGUGGCUGUCUUGCACAUGGAAGGGCUUCCAAGGCUGCAUAGCCUUGCAAGCUUUUGCUUGCCAUGUGGGAGUAAAACCUUGGACUCUACUCAGUAAUAGUAUUACCUUAAUUAUUAGCAGGCAAGCAGGUUGUAUCUGGCUUGGUAUGCUCUUGUAGAAAUUCUAGGCAGAAUUGGUAAUGAAAACAGUAUGGUGAACAAGCAUGAAGGAAGGCCCCAGUAAGUUGCUAAAGCUUUUCAGUCACCUAAAAGAUCAAAGUUGGAAUGACAUCACUGGGUUGGCCAGUAAAACUGGAGAACUCGCCCCUUGGAUUUAACAGUGCAGAUUAUUAAAUAGUGGAGUGGCAUACCUAGACGGGGUGGGAUGUUUUGUCACCUCAGGUCUUUAUGUAAAGGCAGGUUCUCUCUCCACGAAGCUCCGUGGCAUGGGCAGGAGCUGUGGAUGCGGUGAGAGAAUUAGUAGGUCAAAUUGUGGUGUGUGUUGGGCAGUGGCUCGGGCUGACAGGAGGGAACGUGAAAGUGUAGCGUAAAGCUGUAAUUGUAAAUUGAGUCACAUGCAUGAAAUUAUACUGAAGCUGUGAUCUGGGGUGAAUUUUUGUAAUGGCAUAUGCAAGUGUGGUGAGUCUAAAAUAACAUGGUGGCUAAAAUAAGAUGGUGGCUGCAACUCAGAAGUAAGCCAGCUACCUUUGAAAUAGCAAUUUAUUGUUUUGACUAAAGAGGUAUUUCUAAGAGCAGAAAAUUAGAAAGCGCACUACAGAACCCAAUGUGCAUGCGGCCCGCUGCUCUGUUAAAGCUCUGUGCCCACGUUGGAGCCAUGACUGCUUUGCUGGUUUGAAGGAGGGCAAGAGAAUGGCCACAAUCGUAGCAAAAAGGUAGUAGAUCUUGAAAACCACUUUCUCUGGGACUUGAGCAGAAAGUAUGAAUUCCCUCUGUCCCCAGUGUUGGUGCUUUACAGCCUGAAAGUGGAAGGAGGUGCCUUCAAAGUCUUCACCUUUGCAGGAGAUCUUUAUAUAAAAUCAGGCCAUGGCCUUUAUUACUAACUGAUGUAGGUCAAGAAGCAGAAAUGCUGUGCGUUAAUCGUCGGUCAUGGCUGAACACCUUGUUUUCUUCUGCUGACUCCUACGCUCUCUUGCGCAGAAGGAAGGUGGAGCAGAUCUGUGACUGCUCUCUGCAUCCUGGUAGGGCAGGCAGAUGUCAGGCAGGGCAGGCAGAUGUAGGAUACCACAAAUGGGUUGGGUAGGAGCGUUUUGCUCAGAACACUUGUCCCUUUGGAUCACUCACUCGAUGUGCACACCCCCCCUUGCAGUUGCUGCCCAAGAAUGUGAUGAGUUUCAUAGUCAGUGACUGAAAAAAACUGUGAUGUUGGGAGAUGUAGAUGGCAGAGAAGUGGAAAGCCAAAAGGAAAGUCAACCUGGGACCCAGCAGAGAGGCUUCCCAAUUUGUUUUGGUCUUUGCUGAGUGGCUGAGGGAGUUGCUACUAAGCGUUGUUAGAAGUUGGUUUCAGUCUUCAAGCAGAUUUUUAAAAGCUGGAAUGGCUUUUGUGCUCUUUGUGGUUCUUCUGGAAGUAGAAGAGAGGGUCAGCUCAUGCUGUUUAUUCUAGACAAAAAUUAUCCAGGUUUUAAACCAGGUGUAAUUCCAAAUGGUGUGGAUUCUUGCUUCAUCCAUCACUGCUCCUGGCAGCUGACGAAAGCAAGAAUGUACCAAGUUAGGCUGAUAGCAAUCUGCAUUUGAGUGAAUCUGUUUUCCAAGUGUCAAAGCUUGGGGAAGCUCUCAGCAACCUGUUCUCCCCGCACCCUUCCCUAAGAGUCUCUAUCUUAAUGUAACACAUUUCUAGAGUUUAGAUCACUAACUAUUGCUUCUAAGGGGGGGAAUUUGAAAGGCCCAUCUCUGAGGCCAGAACUCUUUGGCUGAAGCCAGUUCAGCCAGACGCUAGCCCUGGGAAGCCUCCAUGACUGCUUCGUGAUGCUGGUGGCUCACCAGGACACAGGUUCACUGCAAAUUAAUCAAACAGUAAUGGGCCUGCUGCUUUCUAAUUCAGAUUUUGUUCUCCCCAUGACUUUUGGGGCUAGUCUUGUAACCAAGGCAGCUAAAUACGCUUUUAAUUAGUGCUGGUUGAAGUAUUCAAGCACCAAAGGGUUACAUCUUUAGUGUGCAAUUUUUAUUUUUACUAGGAGCUGCUUCACUUGUUCAGAUCAGGUUUUUGGCUGUUAUCACCCAGCGUAGCAUCGCUGGCGCUAACAGACUGGCAAAGUUUGACCUACCCUUUCUUCCUAGGUGGAGGCAGAAAAGGAAAUGGUCGAGAGUGAAAUUAUUUAUCACAGCAGGCUCGAAACAGAAAAGACCCGGCAGUUUUCUCUUGAGGAAUUCUCUGUAUUUGUGCAUUAUCUCCUACUUUGGCCAAUCUGUUUCUGUGUGUCAGUGAUAACACUUGAAAGAUUUCCACUUUUCACCCUUAUCAUUCCGGAGGCUGGUAGGAGACCAUGUUGUCAAAUGCCUAAAUAUCUUCAUACCACAUUAUUUUAACAUUUGAGUUUUUUCAUUUAGAAGACAAUGAAUUAUGUGGCAUUCAUUUCAAGUCAUAAUUUACAUUGCUCAUGGUAUUUUUAAGGAAGAGUUUCUAGAAUUGCUUUCAAAAUCUCAAAAACUUGAAGAAAAUGGACUGUUGCAAAAAAAAAAAAAUUAUGAUAUAAAAUAGCAGUACCAAAUGCAAUCGUGCCUGUAUGUGGAAGCCUUUUACAAAUACUGACAGUGUUUUGAGAAUGAAAAAUGAGAAAAUUAUGAAGCUAAUAACCUGUUAGGGUUUUGUGAUCUCUUCCCAAAUAUGUGUGUUUAAUGUUUCAUAGUUAUUACAUGAACUAAUUCUGAUCAGCUGAUGUGAUGCUGUUUUUCCCUCCAGUAAAGGGAAGAAUCCUUUGAAUGACACCAUUUGGGUGACUGAUUCCCGAGUCAGCACGUCUCUUCCGCCUCCGUUGGACUCUGUGGGAAAGCAGAGAUGCUUGAGCCCUUCUGGGAUGUGUCCCUUAGCAGUAAAUUAAAUGCCAAGGGAUCCUAUUUUUGACAAUGUAUAGGUGAAGGAGAGGCUGACAUUGAAGUAAACUUCAUGGAUGGAGUUCUUAAUUAGGAGGUGUCCACGCAGUGUCCCCGGGGACAGGAUUGCAGCUCAGGAGGGUGCAGGGAAAACGCAGCGUCAUCUGCAAUUCUGCAAAGCGCUGCCAGUUCUUCUCUUCCUUAAACAAUAGAACUGGUUUCCACGCUAACUUUGCGCAGGCUAAUCGCUCGUGGCAGAAUUUCUAAAUAAAUAUCCUGCUUCUUGACUCAGAUGAUUGCAAAAGAUGAAGUCAUGCUGUUGAUACAGCGUAGGAGCUAGAGUGAUAACCUAGGAACAGUUUCCCUUUGCUGCAAGGGAGUGUAUUUCCUCUAAUGCAUAAGCCUUUGAUAGUGUCUGAAGUGGUUUUAGCCCAGAGACUCUCUCAUGGUCCUCCCCAAGUCUUAAGCUUAAACUGAAGAACUGCCGUUCCGCCGUGGGCACAACCCGAAUUGCAUUUGGGAGGAGCUCUGAUGAGGAGCAAACUUCAGCCAGAGCAUGGCUUUGUACUCCUCUGACCUCCCACCGCUUCCUUUUCCCAUCUUAAUUUUGCUAUUGGUGCUAAACUGAUGGGGAGCCAGGCGCCAUGGUGACACUGCUUGCUCAGGGUCGCAUCUGCCUGCUUGCAGACAGAGUCGGGGAAAGAAGCAGAUUCCCAGACACAGAGCUGUGCCCUUCCUGGGCUAUUCCCUGACUCCCAGCCCUGCCCCUUGGCUGGCUUGCCCAGGGCUCCUCCACUCCAGCCUGGCCCCAGUCACUGGACCAUGCGGAAUCCCAGUGGCAGAGCACCACUGAGCUAAAAGACCCCUCCAGCUAUUUCAAAGCAUUGCAAAAUGAUUAUCUGAGAGAGACGUUUGCUAGCUUUGAGUUUAGAUUUAUAAGUGCACUUGGGUAGAUGUGGCAUUGGUUCUGCACAGGCCACUGCCCGUGCAAGUCUGCUAGCACCUUGCAUUUUACUGCAAGUUUGGAGGAAAGCACGAGAUGCAGAACAAGAAUUGGUUUUCACACAUCUUUGCGGGGGAAAAAAAAUCGUUGGGACGAUGAUCGCGUGGCUGGGAGUUUGUGCCUACUGAACCCGUAGCAAAUAAUUGUUGCUUGAAUUUAAUACUUCUGUGUACCAUUGGAGCUGUGGUAGCAUAUAACCUAUGGUGCAUAGUUAAGCAUGAGCAGGCUGCUGACCUGCAUAGAAAAUGCGUAUUGGUGAACACUGAGCACCGUCUUAUUUACUCAGGUUUCUCAGCAUUCCCUAGUUCUAAAAUGGAAAUGCAAAUAUCGUGGUAACUCUGACUACUGUGAGCAGGAAGCGCCAGUACUUAAAUAGCUCCUGCUGUAUAAGUCUUAUUUAUUGCUUCCGUUUUGAAAAUUAUUCUGGUUUUGCAUGUGCUCUAAUUUUGAAGCUUUUCCUGAAUGGCUUUGAAGUCCUUGGAAAGUUCUCCAGGUCUUUUCAAGCUUCAAAGAUUGAUAGUGUUUUCUUUCUAUCCUAUGUGAGGGAUGUAGUAGAACUGGGGAUAUAGAAGAACUGACUAUUUAAGAAACACCAUUAGAAAGCCAGACAUUUUCCUUAAGAUUCUUUAAACCAUUCAGAGAAUGUGUGCUUUUGCUAAAGGGAAACGUCCAUGAAUGCUGUGAAUAGUGUUUGACAAGCCGUGUUUCCUCAGGACACAAAGAAGGCAGCAAGAGGAGGAAGCAGAAGCAGAGAGAGGAACAGAAGAAGAAGAAGUCAACCAAAGGGAGUUACUAAAAUGGACUUC